AUGGCUUCUUCAGCAGGGAUGGAUGUGGACAAUGUCGACGAGCGCUAUCUCGAGCAUGCUGCGGCGUCCUCAUCAACGCCCGCAUCUCUCAAGCCAUACUACCCCAAGCUGCAACAGCUUCACGAUCGAAAGUUGUGGUACCAGCUCACAUUGACCAUCGAAGAGUUCCUCAACCACCCCGACUCGCAGACGCCACCAAUCCAGAUCGAGCUGUACGACAAGUUUGUUAGCCGCUUCUCCUCCAAGAUCAACCAGCUGCAGCUCGCUGCCAUCGGUGUCAAGGUAGCACGGCAAUAUCCAGAUCCAGCCGAGGCGCUCAAAUUCCUCGAACAGCUCGCCACAAAAGUAGACUCGCCCGAUUCGCAAGAUGCGUACGUCUACGCUCUCAUGGAGGCCGCCCACUUUAAGCUGUUGCUCGGAGACGCCGACGGCACAAAGGUGGCCAUGGACAAAUGUGGGAAGAUCUUGGAUGGAUUCGAUGCGGUCGAGACGGCCGUGCACGCAAGCUUCUACCGCGUCUGCGGUGAUUUCUACAAGGCGAAAGCCGAGUACGCCAACUACUACAAGAACUCGUUGCUCUACCUCGCCUGCGUCAACGUCGACGUCGAUCUCACCGACGAAGCUCGCGUGCAGCGUGCGCAUGAUCUGAGCAUCUCGGCGCUGCUCGGAGAUACCAUCUACAACUUUGGCGAGCUGCUCCUCCACCCGAUCCUCGCAUCGCUCGGCAUGAGCCAGCAGCACGCCUGGCUCUCUGAGCUCCUCUUCGCUUUCAACGCCGGUGACAUCGGUCGCUUCGAGGCACUGACCCCGCACCUGGGUAAAGAACCCAUCUUGGCCGAGAACCUGCCCUUCCUGCGACAAAAGAUCUGCCUCAUGUCGCUCAUCGAAAGCGUCUUCAGGCGUUCCGCUGACGACCGCACCAUUGGCUUUGCCACCAUCGCCGCCGAGACCAAGUUGCCCGUCGACGAGGUCGAGCAUUUGGUGAUGAAGGCGCUCAGCCUCAAACUCAUCCGCGGAACCUUGGAUCAGGUCGAGCAGCUGGCGAGGAUCACCUGGGUGCAACCAAGAGUCUUGGACCACCGACAGAUCCAGGCGCUGCAGACGCGACUCAACAACUGGUGCACAAAGGUGCAGGAGGUCAGCGAAUACGUCAAGAACCAAACCCCUGAGCUCUUCAUCUCGGCCUAG